AUGGCACGAUCCUCACAACCCCUAGGCCCCACUUUCGUUCUUUCCAGAGUCACGCUUUUUUGUUGGGUUCACAACUUCCCCUCGCCACCGCUACUUUUUGACCCAUACUUAAAUUUCUAUAGUGAUUCAGGUAUAUCUCAAGAAAGGAAACUUGAAUAG